UGUAUGGACGCUACAGCAAUUUCCUUAUUAUUACCCGUAAGGUGUAUGUACAUGAACACAAAAGAGGACGGAAAGGGAUAAAAGCUAAUAAUUGGGCGUAAACUGUUACACUGGGUUUGUGACAUGACAAUUUAUUGGUGUUGUUGGCUACAAAUGUGAAUAUACACAGCUAGCCUACAUCACAAGGACUGUUUCAUCUGGAUGGUUUUGUAACACCAAGUGCGAUAUAACACGUUCAAGUGGUCUGACUUUUACUGUGGGAAAAACAAAUACAUCGUGCUUAUCAGUGUACGUUUGUCCGUUAAGGAGAGAAACGAUAUUUUUCGCUGGAUUGUGUCUCCUUGGUGAGGAUUAUAUAUUUUAAGCGAAAAUGGCAACUUAUCAACAGCAGCAGCAGCAGCAGCAACCAGUGAUGAUGUUAACAACAUACAGCGAUGGAGUCACUGAAUUUACCUGCGACUUAUAUAGAGAGGUGUGUCGGGGAGAGGCUAUUAACUCCGUGCUAUCGCCGUACAGCGUUUCAGCAGCCCUGAUGUUAGCGAUGCUCGGAACAGAAGGGACAUCCAGAAGACAGAUUAUCGAAGUACUUUGUUUGAAUGACGUUCUAACAGAGAAUAUUCAUGAAGAGUACCGUAAACUCCAUUCGGAACUUAAUGAAACUGGAAGUGAUGUAUUGAGAAUUGCCAACAAAAUAUUCUCAAAGGAGGGAUUGAAACUGAAAAUAGACUAUACAGAAAACUCCAAAUUGUAUUAUGGAAGCGAAAUGGAAUUAUUGAACUUUGGCGAAGAUCCUGAGGGUUCUCGAAAGACAAUCAAUGACUGGGUUGAAGCACAGACUAACAAUAAAAUUCAGGAUUUGAUUCCCGCAGGGUCUAUCAAUGCGUUGUCUCUGAUAGUUCUUGCCAAUGCAAUCUACUUUAAAGGGAGCUGGGAAACAAAGUUCCCUUUGGACUCGACAUCAAAACGGAACUUCCAUGUUAGCCUUACAGAGUCCAUGAGUGUGGAUAUGAUGAAAACAAGUAAACUAACUAUUCCAUUCGGUUGGUUCGGAAAGUAUGACUGUACAGCUGUCGAGCUGCCGUACCAGGGCAAGAGAAGAAGCAUGGUCAUCCUUUUGCCAAAUUCAGUUGAUGGACUUUCAAAAAUCGAGGACAAUCUCUCUGUAAUAAUGAUCAAUGAAAUAGUAAAAGGAAUGCGGCGUCAGGAAAUAGAGGUGGCACUACCGAAGUUUAAGAUUGAAGCAAAUUUUGAUCUCAAGAGGGUGCUCUCAAAACUUGGAAUUCAGGAUGUGUUUUCUGCAGGAAAUGCCGAUUUAAGCGGAAUGUUUGAUUCACCCCCUGCUGACGCACAUAUCAGUGACGUAGUACACAAGGCAUUUGUUGAGGUGAAUGAAGAGGGAACAGAAGCAGCUGCGGCGACCGCAAUAAUGGUGCGUGCAAUGAGUAUCACUCAGCAGUUCGUAGCUGAUCACCCCUUCGUUUUCGUUAUCCGCGAUGUUAUUUCAGGAACUGUCCUUUUUAUCGGAAAAUUCACGCGCCCAUCGUUGAGUUGAACAUUUCGUUUACUUUUUGCUGUGAAUCAGGAACUAGGAAAGAACCAUCUGCUUAACCAGUAGUUAUCUUUUUACCAAUCGAGCGCCUAUAAACUGGAGAAGAAGCAUAGGUGUUUGAACUUGACGAUAAUUCUAAAGUCUGUAGAAAAUGCCAGGACGCAAAACAAAUUUGAUCACCAAGGAAUUUUAAACAUAAAGCGAUCAUGAUACGUUAAAUACAAGUAAAAUUGCUUUAAUGUGAAGAUAUAAUAUAUUGACAUUGCAGACUUUCAUUGCUUCUUGCUUUUUGAUGUAUUAACAAGAAAAUAAAUUAUGAUUUAUGAAGAUUUAAGUGGACAUGCUGUUUAAAAAGAUAUAUUAUUUGACGACUUUGUUGAUAUAUAUAAAAAAAUUGAGUUGCGGAUAUUUUCCCCCCAUUAUAUCAGUGUUUUGCAAAUGGAAAAUACAUUCUACCAUAUUAUACAUGUACAUUUCCGUAUGUAUUUAUUAGUCUUACGCAUCGCAUAACUAUUUAAGGAGCAUACUACGUUUGGCAUAAAACAUUUGCUUGCAAUUCAUUUAACUAAUUUGAAAAACAAAUCACAAGACUGAGCAUGGUUAUUUUUAUAAUCACUUUUAGCCUAUAUCGUAAUAACAUCGAGGAAUUAGCAUAAUACAUAUAAAAUAGUAACAUUAAUCGGCAUGUUAACAAAAAUGAUGGAAGAUUUUUUUGUUAUUCAAAAUACACUAUACUGUAUGAUCAUAUUUAUUUGCGGAACAGAAUUUUCGUGACUUUUCAUGGUGAAAAAGUUACAUUUUCGUGGACAUUUGAUUUUACGGAAAAAAAGAGCUAAAUAAAUACUCAUACUAAUUAAGAUCAUAUGAAUUCAUUGAUUAAGAUUAUCCACGGAAUUAACGAAAAUAAAUUUCCCACGAAAACUUAUUAUUCUACAGUAUGUAAUACCGUCGCAAUGUUGUUUUACCGUUUCUUUUGUUUGUUUUCUCGAACACAUGUUAUAAAAGAAUCACUGUUUUGAUAAUACAGUGUAUGUUCCCUUUUGAUUAAUUUAUCAUUCUCUGAUAUACAAUGUGUGUAAUAAGAAGAGCUUUUUGCUAUAAAAUUUCAUUAAAUCAGAAUGCAAUUUGUUGUGCGGAGAGGGCUUAAUUAAUGUUGUAAUAACUUGUGUCCAAUCCCGCUACUGAUGAUUUUAUGGCAAUGAAAUAUGUUAGAAUUGAAAAAAAAUGCGAUUAGAAACAAAUUGUGUUGUUUGCAAAUAUAAUAAAAAUGCCCUUGUGGAAAUCAUACUUAAA